AUGUACAAAAAUUUCAGUGAAGAGGACGGUGUUCGACGAAGAGCUCGAACCGUAGGUCCAGUUGGACGAGAUAGUAUGCCACGUGUUACACAUAGUUUCUAUACAAAUGCACCCGUAGCCUCGCACACUACCCGUCGGACACCAAUUCCAUUUGAUCGUGGAGCAAAUUUCGCCUACGACAGGGAAGGGGUUACCCAAGGCAAUGUAUCGAAACAUGUGCGUCGAUGGCCACCUGCUAGCAAUGCCACUGGAGCCGAGGUGAACAAAGAUGAAUGGGUCAGAGAAGUGGCCAGAGAGCAUGAUGAUGGACUUAUCACAACAAUGGCAAGGAGUAAGUUAUGGUUUUCUAUUUCUGGAAAGACUAGGACACUUAACGAAAAUUUAAGUUGAAA